AUGGUACUACCAAAACUAUAUACAACUAGUACGAGAGCCUCGGCGACUCAACUAGCCAAGAAUCUUAUGAAAAGGUCAACCGUUUCAACGAGAUCAAUGGCAACUGCAGCUUCCACUUCAGGUACUGUCGGUAAAGUCAGAGCUGUCAUUGGGGCUAUCGUUGAUGUUCAUUUCGACCAAGGUACAUUGCCUGCAAUUUUAAACGCUCUGGAAAUUAAGACUCCAGAAGGUGGCAAAUUGGUUCUUGAAGUCGCUCAACAUUUAGGUGAAAAUACCGUGAGAACCAUUGCUAUGGACGGUACUGAAGGUUUAGUUCGUGGUGAAAAAGUUUUUGAUACAGGUGCUCCAAUUUCUGUCCCCGUCGGGAGGGAAACUUUAGGGAGAAUCAUUAACGUUAUCGGUGAGCCAAUUGAUGAAAGAGGUCCAAUUAAUUCUAAAUUAAGGAAGCCAAUUCAUUGUGAUCCUCCAUCAUUUGCUGAACAAUCUACCGCUGCAGAAGUCUUGGAAACAGGUAUUAAAGUCGUUGAUUUAUUGGCUCCUUAUGCAAGAGGUGGGAAAAUUGGGCUUUUCGGUGGUGCUGGUGUCGGUAAAACCGUUUUCAUUCAAGAAUUGAUCAAUAAUAUCGCUAAGGCUCAUGGUGGAUUUUCUGUCUUUACAGGUGUCGGUGAAAGAACAAGAGAAGGUAACGAUUUGUAUCGUGAAAUGAAGGAAACUGGUGUCAUUAAUUUGGAAGGUGAAUCUAAAGUCGCAUUGGUCUUUGGUCAAAUGAAUGAACCACCAGGAGCUAGAGCUAGAGUCGCUUUAACAGGGUUAACUAUCGCUGAAUAUUUCAGAGAUGAAGAAGGUCAAGAUGUCUUAUUAUUUAUCGACAAUAUUUUCAGAUUCACACAAGCUGGUUCAGAAGUGUCUGCCUUAUUAGGUCGUAUCCCAUCUGCUGUCGGUUAUCAACCAACUUUAGCCACCGAUAUGGGUGUCUUACAAGAAAGAAUUACUACAACAAAGAAAGGGUCUGUCACAUCUGUGCAAGCUGUCUAUGUUCCAGCCGAUGAUUUAACGGAUCCUGCUCCUGCGACAACUUUCGCACAUUUAGAUGCUACAACUGUCUUAUCGAGAAGUAUCUCCGAAUUGGGUAUUUACCCAGCUGUCGAUCCAUUAGAUUCUAAUUCUAGAUUAUUAGACGCUGCUGUCGUUGGUCAAGAACAUUAUGACGUUGCCACUAAAGUACAAGAAACUUUACAAGCUUAUAAAUCGUUACAAGAUAUUAUUGCUAUUUUAGGUAUGGAUGAAUUGUCAGAACAAGAUAAAUUAACCGUCGAAAGAGCAAGAAAGAUUCAAAGAUUCUUAUCUCAACCAUUUGCUGUCGCUGAAGUCUUCACAGGUAUUCCAGGUAAAUUAGUUAGAUUGAAAGAAACUGUGGCUUCAUUUAAAGAUGUCUUAGAAGGUAAAUACGAUGAUUUACCAGAAAAUGCAUUUUAUAUGGUUGGUGGUAUUGAAGAUGUCGUUGCUAAAGCUGAAAAACUAGCUGCUGAAGCAAAAUAA